AUCCUGGGCGUUCUGUGAGCUCUUACCCAAACAAAGCGAAUCCAAGCCCUAGAGGUCUAGUUUGAGCGGCAGCCAUGGCGGCGAGAACGCUGACGACGAGGGAGCAGGACAUCCAAAUGAUGCUUGCCGCCGAUGUUCAUCUCGGGACGAAGAACUGUGACUUCCAAAUGGAGCGUUACGUCUUCAAACGCCGUUCUGAUGGCAUUUUCAUCAUCAACCUUGGUAAAACAUGGGAGAAACUUCAGCUAGCAGCAAGAGUUAUUGUUGCCAUUGAAAACCCACAAGACAUUAUUGUCCAGUCUGCAAGACCAUAUGGCCAAAGGGCAGUGCUGAAGUUUGCACAAUACACAGGCGCCCACCCCAUUGCAGGCCGACACACUCCUGGAACUUUCACCAACCAACUUCAGACGUCCUUCAGUGAGCCUCGUCUCCUCAUCCUUACUGAUCCAAGAACUGACCAUCAGCCAAUCAAGGAGUCAUCGCUUGGCAACAUCCCGACCAUUGCUUUUUGCGACACUGAUUCACCUAUGAGAUAUGUUGACAUUGGCAUUCCUGCCAAUAACAAGGGGAAGCACAGCAUUGGAUGCCUUUUCUGGUUGUUGGCCAGGAUGGUUCUGCAAAUGCGAGGCACCAUUGCUCCUGGACACAGAUGGGAUGUGAUGGUUGACCUAUUUUUCUAUAGGGACCCAGAGGAAACCAAGGAGCAAGGAGAAGAGGAGGCUCCUGUUACCGCUCCUGACUAUGGUGCAGCUACAGAAUACACUGCUAUGAUCCCUAGUGAUCAAUGGCCUACAGAUCAGUGGGCUGCUGAUGGGGCAGCUGUACCUCCUGCUGCUGCUGCUGUUCCACCAGCUCCAGCUGCAGCAGUUGAAUGGGCUGCUACUCAAGGUGUUGUAUCGGAUGGAUGGGAUGUGGUUGCUCCUCCAAGCAAUGUCGUUCCUGCAGCUACGGCUGGUUGGGAGAGUGCACAAGCUCCAGCCCCUGCUCCCACUGGUUGGGAGUGACUAAAAUCACCUGGACGUGUCGUUUAGCAAUUCUCAAUGAAAACGGACCUCUUUUGCCCAACUUUUUCAGUUUUGAAAAAAAAAUUUUUUUUUUUUUGGUCUUUGUACUUGAGUUGUAAACAAUCUGACCAUUUCUCUGGUAGUGUUAAGCAUUUACUUUGGACUUAACCCUGAAUGUGCCCACCUUGGGAAAGUUUAUUUGAUCAGAAGAAAAAUGACUUGCAUUUUGAGUUA